AUGUUGGUAUCAUCGCACUUAUGGCCCGAGAGCCCGAAAUUGCAUACCUCCUUGUUCGUUCGCUUGAACUUCACAGUUAAACGACCACGCCAGCCAGUAAUAGCGACGACUGCUGCUGGCCCGUCGCGACCCAGUCGCCUUUUCUUUAUCAACGACAAGUCGAGCGGCUUCCGUUUCCUUGUUGAUAUCGGUGCCGAGGUCAGUGUCAUCCCGCCUCUAAGGCGUCACCGCCUCAAGCCUUCGCAAUUCUCAUUGCAGGCUGCAAAUAGCACCACAAUCAGCACCUACGGCCAACGGUCCCUCACUUUAGAUCUUGGUCUACGGCGACGUUUUCAAUGGGUCUUUAUUGAGGCCGACGUCAAAUCGCCCAUUAUCGGGGCCGACUUUUUGUCAUCUUUCGGCUUAACAGUCGAUGUCAGACACCGUCGCCUCAUAGACACCACCAUCCAACUCUUUGCUAUAGGUACCAUUAGCUCUGAACGUUCGGUUGGCAUUCAUCUCACCAUCUCCAGCACCCCUUUCGUUGACAUUUUGAAGGACUACCCGUCCAUCACUAAACCAUGUCAUUUUACCGAAACCGUUCAACACGGAGUGAAACACCACAUUGUCACGGCAGGGCAACCAGUGCACGCUCGUCCGCGUAGACUCCACCCUGAGAAGCUCCGAAUAGCAUAGAACGAAUUUGAACAUAUGAUGAAUCUGGGCAUUAUACGCCACUCAUCUAGCCCAUGGGCCUCACCACUGCACAUGGUACCAAAGAAGUCAUCUGAUGAUUGGCGACCGUGCGGUUAUUAUCGAGCCCUAAACAGGACCACAAUUCCUGACCGGUACCCCAUUCCCCACAUUCACGACUUUUCCCACAUGUUAGCCGGUAAAACUAUUUUUUCCAAGAUAGAACUCGUCAGGGCGUACCACCAAAUCCCGGUUGCUGAGGAAGACAUCCCAAAGACCGCUAUCACGACACCCUUUGGGCUGUUCGAAUUUAUUCGCAUGCCUUUUGGUUUGCGCAAUGCUGCCAGUCGUUUCAGCGCUUUAUCGAUGAGAUCUUGCGGGGUCUUCCAUUCGCUUACGCCUACAUCGACGAUAUACUCGUCGCAAGCUCUUCGGCAGAGGAACAUGUCUCGCAUUUACGCCUCAUAUUCGAUCGUUUCCAGCAACACGGUUUGCAAUUAAACGUCGACAAAUGCGUUUUUGGCGUUAAUUCUCUCGAUUUCCUUGGCCAUCACGUCGAUCAGCACGAAAUCACUCCACUUACAGAGAAGGUGCAAUGCAUCUUGUCUUUCCCUGCUCCCAACACUCUCACUCAGCUGCGACGUUUCAUAGGCCUUAUCAACUAUUACAGACGUUUAUUCCCCAUUGUGCGGCAAUCCUGGCUCCCUUGACUGACCUUUUGAAGUCGAAAGCUAAACCUAUUGAACUUUCACCGGCAGCCCAUACAGCUUUGAGGAAGCCAAAAAGGCUCUUGCCGAUGCCACCAUGCUGCACCACCUCAGCUCUGACGCUCAUGCACGGCUCUUUUUGACCACCAACGCUUCCAGCAGUGCUGUCGGCGCAGUCUUGCAUCAACAGGUGAAUAACCAGUUGCAGCCUUUAGCUUUCUUUUCACAGAAGCUACAACCGGCGCAGACUCGCUACAGUACUUUCUCUCGCGAACUCCUUGCCAUCUACUUGGCCAUACGUCACUUUCGACACCUUUUAGAGGGUAUAGACUUUUCGGUCCACACCGACCACAAACCUCUCACUUACGCCCUCAAGGCCAAGCCAGAUCGGUACUCGCCCAGGGAAGUUCGUCACCUGGACUAUAUAUCACAGUUUACUGCAGAUAUCCGCUAAGUCCGAGGCAGCGACAAUGUCGUUGCUGAUGUAUUAUCCCGUCCGGACAUCAACACACUCACAUCCGAUUUCGACCUGGCGAAGCUUGCAGACCUCCAAACAGCAGACGAGUCCAUCGCGGACUUACGUAAGUCUACUACUCUGCAGCUUCGAGAUGCACCACUUCCUGCGUCACCAGGUACGAUUUUGUGCGAUUGGUCCACAGGCGCCCCUCGUCCUGUUGUUCCACUACCCUAUCGUAAGGUCGUCUUUGACCACUUUCACUCCCUCUCCCACCCUGGCAUUCGCGCUGGACGUAAGUUAAUUGCGGCUCGUUUUGUUUGGCCGAAGAUGAAUUCCGACAUUGCUCUUUGGACCAAACAGUGUCUCGCAUGCCAGAAGAACAAGGUGCAUCGACACACCUUCUCCCCUCCAAGUACCUAUGCGGUCCCGGACGUUCGAUUUAAUCACGUUCACUUGGAUUUACUCGGACCGUUACCCCCUUCACGUGGGUACACACAUAUCCUGACGGCAGUUGACCGUUUCACACGAUGGCCGAUUGUCGUUCCUAUCUCGGAUACCUCGGCAGAAAAUAUCGCCAUGGUUUUUCUGACUACUGGAUCUCAACUUUUGGUGUUCCAGCCACCCUUACCACUGACCGCGGAAGUCAAUUCCAAUCUAGCCUCUUCCGUGAGUUCACUAGACUGCUCGGGUGUGCGCACAUCACAACCACGGCAUACCAUCCUGCCUCCAACGGCCUCGUUAAGCGUCUACACCGCCAACUCAAGUCCGCACUGAUGUCUCAAACAGAGUCAGCUAUUUGGAGUGUCAAUCUCCCUCUUGUGCUUUUGGGCAUCCGAUCUUCUGUCAAGGAGGACAUCCAAUGCACUGCCGCCGAACUUGUGUACGGUACACCCAGUGUCGCAACAUUCCGAUUCGCGGCGAAUCGUGUGUUUCGCAAUUACAAAUAA